UUUCAUCAUAGGAUAUGAAGAAAUGAUGCUAUGUGACUUCUGAGGUUAGGUCACAAAGGCGAUGAGGGUUCUGUCUUGUUUCUUGGAACACUGAACUUGGAACCUUGAGCUUCCAUGUUAAGAGGUUCCACAUCCUUGAGGCUGCCAUCUGUGAAGAGGCUAUGUGUGCCCUCUAGCCAGCAGUGCUGGUCUUCAAAGUCAUCCCAAGUCCAGCUCUUCACAUGACCUCGAAGCUCGGUUCACAACCCCCUCCAGACCCCCGCGAGGAAAGUAACUGACAGCCCCACGAGCCUCGGGGUUCAGGUUCAAGAGGGUGGAGAACGCCUGCCUGGGAGUUACUAUGGUAACACAGAUCCUUCCUCGCCCCCGCACCCCCUUACAGGCCCUGAGUGGAGGGGGGGGGCCGGAGCCCUCUCCACCUCCCUGCCCAGUGUCCAGGACCCGGCUGGACCGGGCAGCACGUGGCCUCGGCCUCUGACUCCUGCCCGGCUGGGAGGUUCCCUGGUCUGGACCCAGAUGCUCUUGCCAAAGAGAAAAGAAGAUUAACAACAAGAGUUUGGAGUAAUGUGAAUAAAGCGUCUGUGAGCCAAGGAAUUCAGAUUUACACUUGAAAAAGGGAAGAAAACUUGCCAAAGGAACACAGUCCUCCUAUACCUUGAUUUUAAACUUGUGACCUCAAGAAGGAGUUCUGAGUGUGGAAACACACAUGAGUCAGCUCAGUCAAGAAGGGUAGUAAUUUCUCAUAAUAUGGAUAAAGCUCUGAAAGAAGUGUUUGACUACAGUUUUAGAGAUUACAUUCUGUCCUGGUAUGGAAAUCUCAGCAGAGACGAUGGUCAGCUUUAUCAACUGCUCUCAGAAGACUUUUGGGAAGUUGCCAGACAGUUGCGCCACAGACUGAGCCACGUGGACAUAGUGAAAGUCGUUUGCAAUGACAUUGUACGAGCUUUACUCACCCACUUCUGUGACCUGAAAGCGGCGAAUGCCAGACAUGAAGAACAGCCCAGACCUUUUGUGUUGCAUACAUGUUUGCAGAAGUCAGGUGAUGAAGUACGAUUCCUACAAAUGUGUUCUCGGGUUCUGGUGUUUUGUCUCCUCCCCUCAAAGGAUGUCCAGUCUCUCAGCUUACGUAUAAUGCUUGCAGAAAUUCUCACAAGAAAAGUUUUAAAGCCAAUAGUGGAGUUACUUAGUAACCCAGACUACAUUAACCAGAUGCUGCUUGCUCAGCUGGAGCGCAGAGAACAGAUGAAUGAGCAUCACAAGAGAGCCUACACCUAUGCUCCCUCUUAUGAAGAAUUCAUCAAGCUUAUUAACAGUAACUCUGACGUUGAGUUCUUGAAGCAACUAAGGUAUCAAAUUGUAGUGGAAAUAAUCCAGGCAACUACAAUUAGCAGCUUUCCCCAACUGAAGAGGCACAAGGGUAAAGAAACAGCUGCAAUGAAAGCUGAUCUCCUGAGGGCCAGAAAUAUGAAGAGGUACAUUAACCAGUUGACUGUAGCAAAGAAGCAGUGUGAGAAGAGAAUCCGAAUCCUGGGAGGCCCUGCCUAUGACCAGCAAGACGAUGGGACCUUGGACGAAGGGGAAGGGCUUCAAAGCCAGAAGAUUCUUCAGUUUGAAGACAUCUUGACCAAUACUUCCUACCGAGAGCACUUCCGAAUGUACAUGGAAAGGAUUGACAAGAGAACUCUGAUUAGUUUUUGGGAGUCUGUGGAACAUUUAAAGAGUGGUAACAAGAAUGAAAUCCCACAAUUAGUUGGUGAAAUUUAUCAGAAUUUCUUUGUGGAGAGCAAAGAAAUAUCAGUGGAAAAAUCACUUUACAAAGAAAUCCAGCAAUGUCUUGUAGGAAAUAAAGGCAUUGAGGUAUUCUGCAAAAUCCAAGGAGAUGUUUAUGAGACCCUAAAGGAUAGGUAUUACCCCUCAUUUAUUGUCAGUGACCUGUAUGAGAAAUUGAUGAUAAAAGAAGAAGAAAAACACUCCUCGCAGUUGAUGUCUAACAAGGAUGAAAUGGGUCCAGGAGGUGAGGCUGGUGAGGAAGCUGUAGAUGAAGGCACCAGUCAACAAGCCAGUUUUGCUGUAAACAAGCUACGGGAGCUAAAUGAGAAACUUGAAUAUAAAAGGCAAGCUCUAAAUUCUAUUCAAAAUGCACCAAAACCUGACAAGAAGAUUGUUUCCAAGCUGAAAGAUGAAAUAAUUCUCAUUGAGAAAGAACGGACGGACCUUCAGUUGCACAUGGCAAGAACAGAUUGGUGGUGUGACAACCUUGGCAUGUGGAAAGCCUCCAUCACCAGUGGUGAGGUUACGGAAGAGAAUGGUGAGCAAAUGCCCUGUUACUUUGUCUUGGUAAGCCUGCAAGAAGUUGGAGGAGUUGAAACUAAGAACUGGACAGUCCCCAGAAGGCUCAGUGAGUUUCAGAAUUUGCACCGGAAACUUAGUGAGUGUUUCCCUUCUUUAAAAAAAGUCCAGUUGCCUUCUCUUAGCAAGCUGCCUUUCAAAUCUGUAGAUCAGAAGUUUAUGGAAAAGUCAAAGAAGCAGUUAAAUAAGUUUUUACAGAGUCUACUUUCAGAUGAAAGACUGUGUCAGAGUGAAGCACUUUAUGCCUUUUUGAGCCCUUCUCCUGACUACCUCAAGGUUAUUGAUGUGCAGGGGAAAAAACCCACUUUUUCACUAUCCUCAUUUCUGGAAAGACUUCCUCGCGACUUCUUCUCCCAUCAGGAGGAAGAGACAGAGGAGGACAGUGACCUGUCAGACUAUGGUGAUGAUGUGGAUGGGAAGAAGGAUUCCCUGGCAGAACCAUGCUUCAUGUUGAUUGGGGAGAUUUUUGAACUUCGAGGAAUGUUUAAAUGGGUGAGAAGAACCUUAAUUGCGCUUGUUCAAGUCACUUUUGGAAGAACCAUCAACAAACAAAUCCGAGACACAGUGAAUUGGAUUUUCAGCGAGCAAAUGUUGGUUUACUACAUCAAUGUUUUCCGGGAUGCUUUUUGGCCAAAUGGGAAGCUGGCGCCACCAACCACAAUCAGAAGCAAAGAACAAAGUCAGGAAACAAAACAGAGAGCCCAGCAAAAGCUACUUGAGAACAUUCCAGAUAUGCUUCAGAGCCUCGUUGGACAGCAAAAUGCUCGUCAUGGCAUAAUAAAAAUAUUCAAUGCACUGCAAGAAACGAAAGCCAAUAAGCAUCUACUAUACGUGCUGAUGGAAUUGCUGCUAAUUGAACUGUGUCCUGAGCUGAGAACUCAUUUAGAUCAACUAAAAGCUGGUCAAGUCUGAGGCUGCACAAAUAAACCACCAGAGAAAUGUCUGUGUAAUAAUAGACAUGAAACAUUUUCCUCUUUUCCACAGAGGGCUUGGCUGAGAACCAUACUGAUUUUUAUUUUAGUUCCCUCCCUCUAGUUUUAUGUGAAGUAAGCAGAUUGGGGAGGGAGGGAAACUUGAUGCUGUCAUAGGCAACAGGGAAAAACCCUUCUGUUAAUUAUUGUUUUUAUUUUAAUAAUAAUAUAAAUGCUCUAAAAUUCAACAUCCUGAUUGAAAUACAAAUGUUAAUAUGUGAUAAGAACCUAGGAAAUAUUUUAAAUAUUUAUGAGAACAGUUUUGUUUUAAAAUGAACUAUGAAUAUUGUACAGUUAAUUUCCUCACUGAGGAUUCAGAACAUUCCUAUAUUAUUUCGUGUGUUUGAAGAACUUUGUUGUGCAAUGCUUUAUGUAAAGUUAUUGUGAAAAUUUUACUCUUUAUUUUUACCAAAGAUUUCCCAUAGUUUGAAGCAUUUGAAGCAAUAAAAUAU